UGUAUGUUUUUAGUGUUACUGAAUGUUUGCUCCUCGGCUUACUUGGCGUCAGCUCCUGGCUUGCAGUCUAUUUGACGCUGGCAAGUUUGCCUUCUGUGCUCAUCUCCAUGAACGAGAAAUGAAGAUUGGAAGAAGAUAUAUUUUCUGAUGAAAAGCAUUGCAUGAAUGAAACACAAGGACUAUAUAGUCUGUCUUAUGGUAUCUUCUUCCUUGGGUAGACAACAUGACAGAAGGCUGGAUAGAUUGCCCCUCACUGGGACCUGGUUGGAAGCGUCGUCAAGUCUUACGUAAAAAUGGAACAAGACCUGGACAAUCAGAUACUUAUUACAUGAGCCCUAGAGGUGAGAAGAUCCGCAGCAGAGUGGAGCUGACAAAGUUGCUUGGAUGUUCUCGAGAUCUGACAGACUUUCAUUUCAAGAAAGGGAUUUUUGUGGAUCCAUGUACUGAGCCCCCAGCAACACCACCACCACCACCAUCAAUUGCUCGACAAAGACACCAGGGGGUCAAAAAGAAGAGCAAGAAGUGUCUCCCAUCUCUGGCAGUAGCCGCUCCGCCUGCAAAGAAACCUCCUGACUUGGAAGUGUUUGAGGAGCCUCCAGGCCAAGAACCUCUGGACCAGAAACCUCUAAAAUCAGAGCCUGAAUUACCGGUAGAAGCCCCCACUGAUAUUACAACCGAGAAACAAGAGUUUCCUGAGCCAGCACCUGAGCCAGCACCACAGCCUGUUUCUGUACCUGAGCCAGCACCACAGCCUCAGGAGCCACAAAACAACCCACUCCUCCUUGCUCCAGAAAAUUUAGAAGAUGGGGCAGUGCAGGAAACUAAUCUGGAAGAAAGUAUAGCGUACUGUGCCAGUUGUCAGGGUCAGUUCCCAGGAGUGAUGCUUCCAUCUCAGAGACGUUGCCGGUGGCUCUGCCCAGACUGCAGAGCUCAAAGAAGAGAUUUCAACCGGGAACAGAGAUACUACAAGCAAAUUGGCUGUGGUGUGUGCCAAGCCUGCCAGAUGUCUCAGGACUGCGGCAUCUGCAGUGUGUGUCUCAAGCGUGCCAAAAGCCCAGAGCUACGCAUUGGCAUCAAAUGCCUGCUGCGCCGAUGCUUGAAGAUUGUCAAACAGGGCCUUGAAUGUGGUAUGUGUCAGGCCUGCAAGAUAACAGAAGACUGUGGUAGCUGUGUUAUCUGUUUGCGGAGGCAGAAACCAGGCAUGAAGCGGCAGUGGAAAUGCCUCAAGCGCCGCUGCCUCAAUCGCAAGAAAAGAAUAUCCCCAAAGAAAGUUGGCUACAACUCUAAGAAGCUGACCACGGAAGCAGUCUCUACCAAAGAUGCUUCUACACCUGUACGGCGUCAGCAAAAGAAGGCCACAUCAGCAACAGAUGGGCCUUUCCGGAAGGUCCAGCAGGUUCGAAAACAGCGGCACAAGAAACUAUUAGCAACAGAGCCACCAUCAGAGUCCACCGAUGGGCCCUCUCUUAAGGCCCAGCUGGUCUCAGGCUGCCGUCGCCAGAAGCGCUCUCCUAUUACAAAAUGGAAAUCCAGCAUGGAACUGGACAAAGGAGAUAUCCCUAUCGUGAAGCAUAGGAAGAUAUCCUUGGGGGCUGUGAAAGAAAGAAAGAAGGUGGGUCGCCCCCGCAAGCAUCCUGCAGACAUCCUGAAGAGCAGUGUGCAUGCCUCCAAAAGCCGACGCAGUCGAAAGUGUGGUAAAUGUGAAGCUUGCCAACUGAGAACAGAUUGCGGCCGUUGCGACUUCUGCUGUGACAAGCCCAAGUUUGGUGGGCAAAACAUGAAGCGCCAGAAGUGCCGCUGGAGGCAGUGCCUGGAGUUUGCAAUGAAGCGGCUGCUUCCUGAAGAGUGGAGCAGCCCAGAGGCGGUGGGGCCAGCAGCAGCAGGCUGGAAGGUCAGGAGGAGGAGGAGGAGGAUUGCCUUCGGUGGCCACAGCCACAAGCCGGCAGGGAUCAAGCAGGUGGGGCAGCGGGGCAUGAAGGGGAGAGGCCAGAAGCAUCGGGCAAAAGCCAGCUUCCAGCCAGAGGAAGCUUCCUCAACCAGUGAACUGACUCAUCCUCCAAAGUCAUACAGCAUGGAGAAAGUACGGCAAAAGCAGCAGGGCCAGCAUCAGCAGGAGGAGCAGGUUCUCCCACUGAGGCUGAAGAAUGAUCCAGAGGCAGGUGGCUUUACUGUAACCCAGGCCCCUACGAAGGGCCAUCCUGCCCUGCCACGGUGUAUCAAAGAGGAGCCUUGCCAGCCCAGCCCACCUGUUCAGCUUGUGGUGAAGGAAUCAGACACUAGAUUACCUGCUGUCAAUCUUCUCAUUGCCACCUCUCCCAAAAUCAAACAGGAACAUGUAGAACCAGGUGGAGACCGUCAGCCAUCCAAUGACUCUCCGGUAUCAGCUGGUCUCCCCCAGUUUAAGCGACCGCAGGGAACACAAGUCACAGAAGUGGUGGUUCUGGAUGAUGAAGAUGAUGAUGAAGUGGAGCAGCUACAGCAAAUACGACCCCCAGUGAUAAUGGAGAUCUACAGCCUGGGUGGCAUGCAACCUCUUGCCCAGUUGGACAAUGUCCUGCGUGAGUUCUUAUCUGAGCUGAAUGAGAUUCCUCUCCCUGCUCACUGGGAGGCGCUGCCUCCACUUGGUCCCAACCUGCGGCUUGUACAGCGAUCAAAACACUCCACCAUGUCAGCAGCCAUCAUCUACAUCCGCCCGGGCCUCUACUUUCAAGUGGUGGUGGGAAACUUGCCUGUACCCCCCGAGCAUGAACUCUAUGCCAGCCACCCUGCCCGCCUCACCACCGUGGAUGAGGUGGUGGAACUUAUCUGUGACCUGGAGGCCUAUCGACUGUGCUCAGGCUGGCCAGCAGGCUGGCACGCUGGCGAACGGUCUGAGGCCUGUGAUGUUCUUGUGUACUCAGGCUGCUGCCCUCAGUGCCGGCUCAACCCUUGGCCAUCAGGGAGCAGUGCCUGCUGAGAACCAAGUGGUGGGAUUUGGAGCCCUGUGACUUGGCCCUGUUGGACACUGGAAAGUUUUGUUUUAACACUGGAAAAGGCUUGGGUAUCUAGAAGGAUUGUUCCUUGCCGUAAAUAGCUUUAUUUUUUUCUUCUUCUUGUUGUUCAAUAGCUUGCCACAGAAAAUAAUAUUCUCUUACUGUCUUUUGUCUUCCUUUCACUCAUUCACUCUUGGUAAGCUCUGCUUCUUUAUGUUGACAUGGAGCGAAAAGCUUUUUUUCAAAGACUGGAUGCCUGUCUUGCUUCAGCCAUUUGCUCGUCACUUGUUGCAUUGUGUACCAUGACACUUCUCAACAGUUAGAGUUCAUUGUCAGCACUUCUAAGCCUUGGCAAAGUCAUAUUACAUGUCAAUACAGUAGGAGUGUGGAAGGCAGCUGAUGCAUUGGGGCAGGCCUCUCUCUCUGUCGCUUACACUUGCUUGGACCACCCUGUCAAACUUUAGCAUUGUUCUGGCCAUUUUGAGGACUGCGGUUAUAGGUGCCAGGCAUGGAAAGGAUGGAUUGUAAGAGAUGGAUGUCCUUCUGCUGGUAGAGACUUUGCCUCUUCCUUCCCCAGAAUUCAUUUACCACUUGAAUUGUUUGCCUUGGGCUUGUAUUUUCUGUUUCUUCGGGGUUGCUGAGUUUGUAUGGUUAAUUCCGUUUAAGGACCAGGAAAUUUUGGGGAGCGAGGAAGAUGGGAUGAAUGUUGCUUAUGGGGGGAGAUGGCCAACUGGCAUCAUUGUAUAUCCUGUGACAUUCCAGCAUGUCCUGUUCAGGGAAGUUCAACAGAAGCCAUAGCUGUAUGUCACUUGCUAACUUGAGUCUUCUGUGUGACCGGUGGCAGCAGCAAGCAUUUAGUGCCCCUGAGCCUUUCCUUCACUCCUCUCACAAUCACCUUUUCCUCCCCUUCCUCCCUUUUCCCUCUCAGAGGGAAAGUGUUAGCUUAUUUCUCAAAUAAUUAUUAAAACAGAACUGGUCUCUAUUUUUUUAAUGUAUUAAAAUUUCAAUGAGCAAGGUC